AUGAAACCUAGUAUAUUAGUUAAAAAUACUAGGUGGGUGUUAAAAGAGAAGCAAAAAUAUAAAAAAAAAGGUGCUAAAAAAAGAAUUACAAAAAAAUCCCUUCAUAAAAGUAUACUUAAGGAUAAAAUUGAGAGUGAGAAUGUUUCAAAAAUAUUUAUUAUUCAAAACUGA